CGUAAUCUUGCAGUCUCUACUUCAGUUGGUAUUUUACAUAAUACUAUUGCUAUGACAAACCUAACAUUCAUUUUACUGAAAGCAAGGUCGUUUUGAAGCGACAAAGAUUCAGUUAUCGGUCUAUCAUUCCGGCUCACUCGGUGCAACGACUCCUCUUUAUGCUGAUACUGAUCUAUGAGUAUAUCCGCAUGUGAUUUUUUAUAUGUAACGACAUGAAUUCCGCUCGGUAGAGGCGUCCUUAAAUUUAAAAAGCUAAUCCGUAAAUUUAGGCCGACCACACAACCGAUCGAAUGGAAUAAAUUGCAUAUCCGAAAGAUUGUAGCCAUGAUAUCGGUUGCUCAACAGCAUACGAGGCUUCCAAAAACACUAUAUAAAGCCUAACAGAUAGUAACUAGCAUCCCAUUCAUCGGUCAAAAAUGGUAAAGUACGCUUCCGCUCUUCUAUCCUUGCUCGUUCUUGGUCUCGCAACAAUGUCACGGGCUCAGGAUGAAGAUGCCCCAUAUCCAGGUUGGUCGACUUACUGCACUACUGAUCCUUCGCAUUGCCCAGCCCAGUAUCCGCACUCCUGCCUCGCUUCAAAUCCGCAAAUGGCUGCACAAUAUUGUCCUCAUCAAUGUGGUAACUUCGGCCCUUACCCCUGCCCUCCAGGAUGGUUCAAGCAAUGCUGCUACUAAAUAACUUGCGUUAUCUUCGGCAAAGGCCCCAUCAUCUUGUUUUGUCAUCUCGAUGAUAUCUCUUUUAUAACAAAUAAAGCUUGGCCUUUUUUUUAUGUCGC